AUGGCGUCGCGGGUUGACAAGCUUCCGUCAAAAUGGUUAUUGAUCCACUUUUUGGCUUCACUAUCAGCCAUCAUACCGUCAGCCCUUGCCGUCGGCCUCUCAGCACAAGGCCUCACCAGAGUCAGAGAAGCUAAGAGGCCUUCGUUCGCGUUACAAGCAUUCUCGCGUCCCGUAAGACGAAGCCUCGCCACAAGCCCGACGACAGCGGCAGUCGAUCUGCUCGAGGAAGUGGCCGGCAAGGCGACGGCGCUGAACAAACGCAUUUCAGAGGUCAAUUACGGGGAACGGGACGCCAUCGCCUUUCGAGGGGUCUUGACGGAGGCAUCGCUCAUCGUCAAGAACCUUGAUUCCGCCACCAGCAACCUCGCCGAGGCCGUGCGCGGCGGCCCAAACAAUAUCGACCGUAAGGAGCUCAACGAAGCGAUCGCAGCCGUCGGAUUCGCGCAGUCGAGCGAGAACUACCUUGAGAUUGCCUUGCAGGGAAAUUUUCGCACCGUCAGCGACAAAACGAUCGGGCAACUACAGACGGCUGCUGCCGCCCUGGGCGACGAUCUCAAGGCCGUUCGAGCCGUCCUCCUUGAACUCAAAAAUCUUAACAUCGAGCGGGCCUUCUCCGCUGCGCUCUCGACGGAUCAGUAUCAGCCACCUAGCGAGGCUUUCGACCGGCACCAAUCCCUGACCGAGGUGUUCCAAUCCCAGCUCGCCAAUUCCAAUAACGCGGAUAAAAAAGACAAGCCGACGCCGAAGUCGAAGGUAGACGUGAAGGGUAGGCCCGUGGGUCACCACCCCCCUGGCGUGGGUGGUAAGGGAGGGAAGAACGUUGGGAAGUACGAGCCAGAGAAGGGACACCACCCAAAGGGAAAGGGCGGCCAUUCAGAGCCAGCCGAUCAGAAGACCGUUAAGAGCGGCACUGCCCAGGGCAGUCAAGUAACCUCUAAGAGCCCACCUAGGAGCCCCGCUAAGAGCCCCGCUAAGAGCCCCGCUAAGAGCCCCGCUAAGAGCCCCGCUAAGAGCCCCGCUAAGAGUCCCGCUAAGAGUCCCGUGAAGGCUCCUAUUAGGGCGAAUACCGGGUACAGAUCGGUCCGAACGGCGUCUGUAAAGGCGGAUAAGACGGUCGCUCAAGACGGCAGCGGCGACUAUAAGAAGCUACAGGAUGCUAUAAAUGCGGUGUCGGACAAUUCCGUCAUUUAUAUCAAGGCUGGAGUGUACAACGAGAUGGUGUCUAUAUACAAGAAGGGGAUUACUCUUAUCGGGGAUGGCAUUGACAAGACCAUCAUCACUGGGUCCGCUAGCUACUCGUCAGGAUACGAUAUCAUCACGUCUGCCACUAUCGGCGUAAACGGUAACAACUUUGUCGCGAAGUACAUGACCGUUCGCAACACUGCUGGUCCCGCGGGACUUCAAGCUGUCGCCCUGCGCCUGGACUCCGAUCAGGCUGCACUGUACCAGGUCAAGGUUACCGGCUACCAAGAUACACUCUUCUGCUCCACUGGCCGUCAUUAUAUCAAAAACUGCAUUAUAGAGGGCACUGUGGACUUCAUUUUCGGUUACGGCGCAGCGGUGGUGCAAUCAUCCACACUCAACGCGCUGAAAUCUCCCACCUAUACGACAACGGUUCUGGCCUCUGGGUGUUACCAGUCCGGAGCGCUCUGUGGAAUUGUGGUGGUGGACAGUAAAGUGAAUGGUGACUACGGCGAUGUGUACUUGGGCCGGCCGUGGAAGGAGUAUGCUACCAUGGUGUUUAUCAAUACUGAACUGCCUGCGAAGGUGAACAAGAACGGGUGGAUGCCCUGGAAAGUCUCUGAGACGUUUGGUGGGAAGCCAUUCUUGGCGGAGUAUGGCAGCAGGGGCAGUGGUGUCCAGUCAUCAAGAGUGUCGUGGGCGAGACCUGGCGUGGUUUCUUCAUUAUCACAAGUCAGCAAGUACUCGCCCAAUAACUUCCUCUCUCUCAGCUCGUGGAUCGGCAAGACAGGGAUCCCAGCGUGA